ACUAGAAAUCAGUAUUAGAAUAAUAAACACAUAAUUUAAAGGGGAAAGAGGUGGCAUACUUGGUGAGUCACUCUGUAUAUAAUACAAACACCGCGCACCGCUGCAUUAAAUCCAUGUGGUUAAGAUGAGUACAGCAUACCUAUUACUUAUUGGUGUAUAGAGCAUAAUAUAUUUUAAAUAACUUAGAUAUGUUGUGCCAUUUAAGGAGUUCAGAUGCGAUACAAAGUUAUUUUUUACUAACCAAGUAAUGUAUAAAAUAAUUAGUUGAAGUACAUAUACAUUACUUACAUGUUUUAGUUAUUUUAUAAAUUACCUAGGUAUUUCUUAAACUAUCUGAUUCAACACUAACAUAAAUAUAAUGAUGGUAUAUAUAUAACAUAAAUUUAGCUUUCUUAACACACACCUACCUAGACGGGGCUAAAAUAAAUUAAGCUAAUCGUUGAUUUUAAAAAUAUAUUAAGUAUUUUUAGUUUUAUCGGAAUUAAAUUUGUACACGUACCGGGAAAAAGUGUAUUUUUUUUAUCAAUUUAUAUCGAUUAUUACUGUCGACCUCAGCGAGUCGAAAUAAUGACAUACCUAUCUAUGUAUUACAUAUUUUGUAUAAUUAUGUACAUUCUUAGUCGUUCCCGUGAAGCCGUCGCACUCCGGACCCUUCGGGGUCGUUGAUCGUCCCAAAUGUGUUACAAGGGCGAUUCGAGUUGUAUAAUAAAUAUUAUAUGUAUUUUUUUUUUAUUGCAAUACGCACACUGCUGGUAUCAUAUUAUAGAGUAUGAGCGUUUGGAAACCGUACAGAUUUUCCCACAUUGCGAGCACGUCGGCCCCUACUGAGAAGAAAGCGAACAUAAUAAGAGGGAACUAAUGGAGUUGGCGGCGGUGGAAAAUGCGUGCAGGCGUUAUAAGGAGUCAAUGGCGGCGGUUCGUAUCAGUGGCGGCGACCUUCGGAGGACGCGAUAUCUGAAUUAUUAUAAUAUUGUGCAGCCGGUCAAUUCGUCACACGGUCCACAAUCGUAUCAUAUCAUUACAAUAUUGACUAUUUACCGGCAGUAGACAUUUAGUAAAUAUCAAACAGUAGAAUGGUGAGCGUUGAGGAACGGCGCUAAUGUUUAAUACGUUUUCAUUUUAAUCUGAAACGUCAUGAUUCGGUACUGUAAGUUAAGGCUAUUAAAAUAUGGACUACCAACUUUGAAAAAACGAGUUCUGUACUAAAAAUGAAGCCUGUACGAAAAAAUAUCAUUCAUACACCUGAAAAUGUCGCUGCUGUCAAGGCCGCCUCAUUGAGUCCUGCAAGACGUUCUACACACAAAAAUGUGAUUGUUAAAUUUAUCCAUCAUCUCGAGGACAUCAUUUUUAAAAAAUAAAUGUUCAUCACCUAUACUUCAUAAUUUUACGUUAUGAAGGCUUUUUUGGAAUGGGUACGUGAUCGUUUCACCAAAGUCGAUUUGAUGUACUUAGUUGAUAUUGAUGACGAAAAUCUUCAAUUAUUGAUAUUUCAGAAUGGACCUAGCAGAGAUGAAUUUAUAAAGGUUUUGGUGUAUAAAUUGUUGUUGGAUAUUGAUCCUGAGUUUGAAUAUUCAAAAACAUAUGAUUUAGAAUAUAUACUUGUGUCAUUUGGGUUGUUGAGUAAAAAAACUGCACAAAAUUUUUUAGAAGGUAAUAUGUCAACAAAGUUACAUAUAGCUACAUGGAAAAUAAUUAUUGAAUCAUUGAUACCAACUACAACAGCCACCACUCAAUAUCCAAGAUAUGAUGAACUAAUGAAUGAUAUUUAUGAAAAGAGUAAUUAUUUUCGAUCUGCUGAAAAUAAAAAUUAUCUUCCUCCUGAACUUAUUUCAAAGUUGAAAAUUGACACUGUAUUAAAUGAAAACAGUGAGAGUAUUGAUGAAAUUUCAGACCAGUUAAUCAAGUUUAUUAAUAAACCAAUAAAACAUGAUGGAAAUAAUGAUCUUAAAUCUCCCUCAAAUUCUGAGAAACAACCAUCCGAUUCAAACUCAGAAUUUAUGGACUUAAUAUCAAUAAAAAAAGAAGUUGAUUAUUGUAUUAAGAUUUCUAACGACAAAAAGAUUACUCCAUUAAAUAAUGAAGGCUCAAUCAAAAUGACCCCACAAGAAUUUUUUGAACUAACAGAAAAACAAAAUUUGAUUCAUACUAAUAAUUUAGAAUCAAAAUUAGAAUACAUCCAUAAGCUUGUAAAAGCUGAACAAGAUUUACAGAUUUUAGCUGAUUCAUUAAUAGAACAGUCUGCCAGAUAACAACAAAUGUCAAAGAAAAACAUCAUUAACUCCAGUUAAUUAUAAGUAAAUUAAAUUUGUAUAAUAAUAAUAAUGAUAAACUAAAAUCCACAUUU